UAUUUACACGCUAUUACUCUGAGUGGUUGCCACUCGAGUGUUCUCAACGAACUUAAUAAUGAUUCUUCUUUUAUUAGCGCUUUUAUUGUCAAUUGCCGGCUUCUUCAUUUACAAGAGAAGAGUGCCACUGGAACCAGGUGAACGUAAAGAACCAUCCACAAAAACAGCUCUUUCCAGACCACAAUCCGAGGUAAAGGAGGAAGAAAAGAAGACUACUCCAUCAGAAGAGCUUCGGCAGCAAGUAGCCGAUUUGGCCGCUAGCACCCCUCAGGCACCGGGACCAGGUCUGGGUGAUGCCGGCGCACCGUCAUCGUCUUCUGGAAGCUCUGCAACAGGAGAGAAGCCUUCGAAGAAAAAGAAAAAAAAGUCAUCGAAGAGAAAGAAGAAGAGAUCAAAAAGGAGUAGACAUGCUCCGCCGUCAGGCGCUCCAGGCGGUUCCGAAGAAGAUAAAAAGCCUUAA